CAACAUUUCAAAACGCUAAUGUUUACAAAACAAAAAAAUGUAGAUUUCGAAAUUGAAAAUUCCUAUAUAAGCUUUGGACUUGUCGCGUCCGAUGCCUAAGUACUCGUAUCAUAGCGUCGGCUCACAAGCCUCUAAGUCAUUGUAAUUCCCACAGUUGUUAAGUGAAGUUUGGGUGUGGAAUUGUGCGCAUAAUGUGUGGAUUUUAUAAAAUUAUAUUCCUGCUGAUUUGCACUGGUGCCAUAAUGGGGAGACGGGCAGAAGCCGUACCAAAGCCUGACGCCUUCACUGAGGAAAAAAUUAAACUUUCAAAUAUCGACACGAUCGCUGAAGGCAAAUUGGAAAGGACCAAACGCGGUUUUUUAGAUUAUCUCCUAUAUGGUCUCUAUGAGUACUUCGAUUAUAGCGACGAAUCUGAUUCUGCAGAGGAUGAGAAAUACUUAAUUUGCCGAAAUUGUACGAUUCUUAUUAGCCAGUCAAAUAAUCAGGGGAGCCCAUCAACCCUACCAUCAACUAUGGCGCCUGCAGCUGUACCGAACGGUAAUAAUGCGACAAAGCAAGACGGUUAGUAUAACCUGCUUUGCACAAAACCAUGCGGAUAUAAUAGCUGGUGUUCUAAUGACAUAAGAAUUAUUAGUUCAUACUUAUGAAAAAUCUGUUUAAGCUGGGUUGACUACAGACAGUCCUUGAGGAACUUUUGGAAAUUCACUUAUAACUUUAAGUAUUGUACAUAUCAACAUUAAUAAUAUGUGUCGAUAUUAUAAGGUUAAAUAAAAACUGAAAAAUAGCACUUUUACAAAUGUAA